AUGAAAAUGGCGACCUCCUUGCCCCCGCUUCCCAUUCUGCCAAAACCUCCAACCCCCCAUCUCGAACACCCAUUCCCUGGGGUUUCGCUUUUGCUACCUUUGUCAAGAAGAGGCACGGGGCCUGGCUUGAUUUUGCUGGUGCCCGAGCUUAAUUGUCCAAUUCUAUCAAUUAAAAAUGGAGUUCCCUCGCCAUUGGUUAAAUGGGCCGAGGAAAGCUACAUAGUAGCUGCAAUCAGUGUUUCUGUUUUGGAGAGUCAUAUCCAGGCAAAAGAAUUGUUGCUUCAGAUAGCACAGUUUUUGAACAAUCAUUCUGCCUGUGAUCUAAAAGAUCAAAUCGGAUUAGUCGCCUAUAGCACAGAAGGAUGGUCCAUUGUAGCACCAGUACUCCCAGAAAUACCUGGUAUUAAAGCUGCCGUGGUAUACGCAACAGUUAGAGACUCGAAUGUUUUGAGCACCAUCUCCGUUCCCACCGUCCAACAUCUAGCCGGAAAAGCAGCACCAAACAGACUCCAAAGAAACAAAGACCUAAUGCAAUAUGACUAUCCAGAGACAAAAAGUGCUCAAUUUGGCGUUCCAUUUCAGCGGGACUUUCAUUAUAACGCCGAGGCAAUUUCCCACACGCGCAAUCUCACAUUUUUAAAGCAAAUCGCUGGUGGUCCAUUCUUCGAUCUAGAGCAAAUUUGGGAGGAACACACGUAUUACGAGUUUGAGAACCGCUCCGUGGAGCACACAAUGAGUACGAUGGUCCAGGAACCAUACGUGAACCACGUCCCUACCCUAACUGGCGGAAUCGGCCGCGAGGAGCUGACAACUUUCUAUCGUGACCAUUUUAUCUGGAAAAAUCCGAAAAAUACGACAUUGGAGCUAAUCAGCCGUACAACGGGUAUUGACCGUGUGGUUGACGAAUUUAUCUUUAAAUUCCAACAUGAUAUCGAGGUUGAUUGGCUCAUCCCCGGCAUUGCACCAACGUACAGAGAUUUGGAGAUCCCAUUCAUGGCAGUGGUCAAUAUUCGUGGUGAUCGGCUUUACCAUGAACAUAUCACCUGGGAUCAGGGGACUGUAUUGAUGCAGCUAGGCAUGAUGCCUGCUUAUCUUCCUCUGGAUGACGCCAAGACAGGUGAAGAAAAAAGGAUCUCAAAGGUCCCAGUAUUUGGAAGAGAAACUUCAUCAAAGCUAAGAGAUAAGAGUUCAGUGGAGUCAAACACUCUGUUUGCUAAUCGUGUGAAUAAAUCAACAACGGAACAAUAA